AUGCGGGUGGGGAAUUGUUUCUGUCCCAUCUCCACCUUCUCCUGGGUUUCCCGUCCCCUCCUUGUGCCCCGCACCCCCUGCCCUGACCCCCUCCUCUCCCCCACAGGCCGCGGGCUGAAGUCUCACGCCUACAUCCACAGUGUCCAGUUCAGCCACCACGUCUUCCUCAACCUCCACACCCUCAAGUUCUACUGCCUCCCCGACAACUACGAGAUCAUCGACUCCUCGCUGGAGGACAUCACGUAUGUGUUGAAGCCCACCUUCACCGCACAGCAGAUCACCAACCUGGACAAGCAGGCCAAGCUCUCCCGUGCCUACGAUGGCACCACGUACCUGCCAGGCAUCGUGGGGCUCAACAACAUCAAAGCCAACGACUACGCCAACGCCGUCCUCCAGGCUUUAUCCAACGUCCCGCCGUUGAGGAAUUAUUUUUUGGAGGAGGAGAACUACAAGAGCAUCCAGCGGCCGCCCGGGGACAUCAUGUUCCUGCUGGUGCAGCGCUUCGGGGAGCUGAUGCGGAAGCUGUGGAACCCCCGGAACUUCAAAGCUCACGUCUCCCCCCACGAGAUGCUCCAAGCUGUGGUCCUCUGCAGCAAGAAGAACUUCCAGAUCACCAAACAAGGGGAUGGGGUGGACUUCCUCUCCUGGUUCCUGAACGCGCUGCACUCAGCCCUGGGUGGCACGAAGAAAAAGAAGAAAACUAUCGUCACCGACGUCUUUCAGGGCUCCAUGCGCAUCUUCACCAAAAAACUGCCUCACCCAGAUCUGCCGGCCGAGGAGAAGGCGCAGCUCCUGCAGAACAGCGAGUACCAGGAGAUGAUGGUGGAAUCCACCUUCAUGUACUUAACGUUGGACCUUCCUACCGCCCCGCUCUACAAGGACGAGAAGGAGCAGCUCAUCAUCCCCCAGGUCCCCCUCUUCAGCAUCUUGGCCAAAUUCAACGGCGCCACCGAGAAAGAAUACAAGACCUACAAGGAGAACUUUCUCAAGCGCUUCCAGCUCACCAAGCUGCCUCCCUACCUCAUCUUCUGCAUCAAGCGCUUCACCAAGAACAACUUCUUCGUGGAGAAGAACCCCACCAUCGUCAACUUCCCCAUCACGUGA